AUGCUGAAAACUACUCAUGGUCUCCGAAAACGGAGCACAAUGAAACGGAGCAGAGGGAGAAAAAAGAGACGCGGAAUGUCGGCAAUAAUGGAGAUGUCGACAACGCGGGCCGAAAUCCGUUCUGUACUGGUAAAACAUUGGCGUUCACUAGACAAAGCACGUCUUCAUACAAUUCAUCUUUGGCUUUUGCUCUAUGCUGCUGCUCAGAUAUUCAUCGAAUACUAUUUCUCUGAAGUUUACUCAGUUUUGAUGUUGGAAUCAGAUCGACCGCAAUCCAAAGAAAAUCAUGAGAGGGUGAAAAAGUGGUCUCCAUUUUGUUUCUAUGCAUCCAUAUUCUUCGUUGCAUAUCUCAUCUUAACAUGUUUUGCAAUUCGUAUACGACAGCCAAAGGAUGGUGUCGGUAUAGUGCUUAUAUCACUUUCAUUGGUGUUUUUAUUACCUGCCUUUUCUUGGAUUCUUCAUCUCCCUGUUGUUAUUUUUGUGAGUCGCGAACGAAUUCACACCAACGAACACGACCAUUCAGCACUUUAUACAAGUCUAUGCAUAUCUUCAGGUCUCCUUUUCCACUUUGUCCCAAAAUGUCCAAAAAACCAUCUUACAGUAGUCCAAUUCUUCAUUCUUCCUCGUCACCGUCGAGUCUUUUUUGUGGUUUCCAUUAUAUGGAUCGUAGCCAAUUUCUUCUUGAUUGUCGUAAUCAACUGGGACGCUCUCAAUGCCAACACUCUUUUCAUAUGCUCGUGCGUCUCUCUGCUUCUUCACCAAGGAGUCAUUGCGUUUGUGGGAGUUAUAGCAGAUUCCAACGAAGCAGGGAACCGUUCAGAGAUUGCGAAAAAGUUAACUGAAGCUGUCUACAGAAGAACUGAGUUGGAGACGUUGAAGGAUAGACAGGAACAGUUACUCUUGUCAGUUAUCCCCGCAUAUUUAGCGGAUCAGGUCAGCAAGAGUAUCAUUCAGUCCAGUAGUACAGGAACUGGGAAACCUACUAAUUCUAAGAACCACAAGCUUUUCCAUGAUCUCCAUGUCCAGGUUCAUGAUAACGUUAGCAUUCUGUUUGCUGAUAUUGUGAAUUUCACAGUGUUAGCUGCUCAGCUAACAGCGAGAGAUCUUGUGAGAACACUGAAUGAACUCUACUCCAAGUUCGAUCGAGACGCCCAACGUCUUCAGUGUAUGCGUAUCAAAUUUCUCGGAGACUGCUAUUAUUGUGUGUCAGGAAUGCCUGUUAAUCGACCAAAUCAUGCAGAUAUGUGUGUUGUGAUGGGUCUGGAAAUGAUCAACACUAUCAAACAAGUGCGUAUUGCCACCGGAGUAGAUGUGAAUAUGAGAAUCGGAGUUCACACUGGCUCAGUUCUCUGUGGAAUUAUGGGCCUUCGAAAGUGGCAGUUUGACAUUUGGAGUGACGAUGUCACUCUUGCAAAUCACAUGGAAUCCGCUGGAGUUCCUGGUGCCGUUCACAUCACAAAAUCCACUCAAGAGAGGCUAUUGGGAGAUUACUGUAUUGUAGAGGCAGUUUCUGAUGAUCCACAUGUAGUAUCAUACGGUCAGCCAACAUAUCACAUUCUUCCGGAUAAGACAUCAGCUAUCGAACGAACUGCUUCUAUUUACCGAAACAGUCGAUUAUCAACAAGUCCAGCACUUCAAUCCAGAAUGAGUAUGAAAGCAAAAGUGUCGAAAAUGGUCGAGUUUUGGGGUGCUGAAACUCCUUUCGCUAAUUUUACGAAGAAAAAAUUGUCAACUUCCCACGACCCAGCACUGAUUACGGAUGAAAUUGCUCGCCGACCUACAUAUAUCAACACUAUUCCAUCGAUGACUUUGAUUGAAAACAAUCUAACCAACUUUUCCUUCAAUAAGUUUGUUUCUGUGAGCUUCAAGCCUGAAGAUUCAUUUUCAGUAUCAAUUCCAUCCUCUCCAAAACUUCUUUUUCCAUUCAAGAUUGAUUCAAUUACUUGUAAUUUAUCAGAUUGUGCACUUCUGAUGCUUGUGAGCAUUCCUUCCGCAAUUGCUAAUCUCCUUCUAUGUGCUCUCUACUGCCCAGCCGAUGUUCUCCAACAAAUUUCUCUCCAACAAAGUUUCACUGUUAUCGGGCUGGCAUUGCUGUCAAUUCUCGGCCGAGUUUGUUCAUACGCAGGGCCAUUGAUCACAAUGACCGCCUUCUUAUUGUCAUCUUGUAUUCCAAUCGGACCUCAUAUAAUCAUCAGAAAGUCCAAACUUGAAGGAGUGAUGGCAUUCAACUCAUUGAUCUUUCUUCCCAGUUGUGUCAGCCAUCUCGUCUCAGUUUUCAUUCUUUACCGACUCCCUUAUUCCCAUCGUUGUUUCUUAUUCUUUACGGAUUUUGUCAUAUUCCAAGUUCUACUUUCUCUAUUCCCAGCCUAUGGAGCUGAAGUUUAUAUAUCACUUAUCAGUGGUCUCUAUCAGUUUAUCACUUCUUGUAAUUCUUCUUUUCUUUAUCGACUGGAUUGUAAGUUCAUUCAUAUUCCUCAAUGCCAGAUGUUGGCCUACUUUCAGACAAACUACGAGAGAAAACGGGAAAGUGCAUGUCAUGUGUCAUUUCAAAAUGAAGAACGAGAUGUUGAAACCAUGCAAGAUAUCAAUAAGAUUCUCAUUGAAAAUAUCCUUCCAUCAAGCGUUGCUGCUAAAUUCUUAUCACCCGAUCGAGCGGUCAAUGAGUUAUACGCUCGUCAACAUGACAACGUAUGUGUCAUGUUUGCUUCGAUUCCCAAUUUCAAAGAUUUCUGGAGCGAAUGGGAUACGAAUCGAAAAUUAGAAUGUCUUCGUUUGCUUAAUGAAAUCGUUUGCGAAUUCGAUAAGCUACUGUCAAAACCCAAAUUUUCGAGUGUCGAAAAAAUAAAGACAGUUGGAAGCACAUAUAUGGCAGCUGCUGGAUUGAAUGAAACGGAAACUGAUUACGAUGAUGAUGUAUAUCUGGAGAAACAAAGUCAUGGAAAGUUCAAUAAUAACCUUCGAAUCGGAAACACUGCGUUCCGAAAUGCGAACGUUAUGAUUGAGUUUGCACUAGCGAUGUCACAAAUCCUGGAUGGUCUGAACAGGGAUUCCUUCCAAAACUUCGAACUGAGAAUCGGAAUGAGCGUUGGUCCUCUGGUGGCUGGCGUUAUUGGCGCUCAAAAACCUCAGUAUGAUAUAUGGGGAAACACGGUAAACCUGGCAAGCAGAAUGGAUACUCAUGGAGAACCAAGAAAGAUUCAUGCGACAACGGAUAUGGGGAAUAUUCUUCGAGCGGGUGGCUAUCGAGUUCAGAGUCGCGGAAAGAUUCGAGUCAAAGGAGUCAAGGAGCCCAUGGAAACUUUCUUGAUCGAAGUGGACUCCAAACGGAACUCGUCUGUAUCUGGAGAGCAGACAAACAAUCAUAACAAUAAUAACAACUGUCAUCACAGUACCUUAUAA